AUGUUACCUCUCCUAUCCGAAAGUCAUGUUUUCGAGCUGAACCCCUCGGCCGCGCCUUCCCCCUUUGACGUUGUUCUGCCUCCCGCCUGCCGGAACCGUCUCUUCCGAGUCAACCGUUCAACGCGUCUAUGUGGGUGCCCCUCUCGCUUCUACCCAUUCUCCUUUUUCGCGGGGCACGCGACAGACGCAAGACCCAAGCAAACAUCCUUCCACCGCGCAAUUUCUUCCCCUCCUCAUCAGCUCGUCGUCGCGGAUCCUAUCCAUACAUUUCUCUCCCCGCAUCAUCUUCGGACUAUUGUUUUGGCCACCAAGAGGUAGUAGGUAAGACAAGGUAACUAGGUAGGUACUUGCCUACCUAGGUAGGUACCUACCUAGCUUUCUUUUUUCCUCUUUUUCUUUUCUGUCUGCUUCCCCCUCAUUGCACCUCAAUCAGAAGAAUAUACAUCGGUAUUUAUCGGAGCCAUGAGAAUUCUCUAUACCUCUUCCACUCCUUCAACGAGGGGGUUCAAAGGCCCAACAGUGUGCGCGUCCAACCGCC